CUCUUUUUAUCUCAAGCAAAGUGAAGCAAAGCUCACGCUCUUCUUCCGAGCUCUAAUGGCGGAGAUCCCGUGCCUCGCAGCGUCGCUCCGAGCUGUCACCGCGUAGAGCUCGGCUCGGCGCGGAUCUGAGAGAGAAGGGUCGGGGUAGGGUACGACAAUGGCGGAUGUGGCGGACGGGAAGGCGGCGGCGGGGGUUGACGGGAGCGAGAAGAAGAGGCAGGAGCAGAGCGCGGCGUUCCACGAGCUGUUCUCCUUCGCGGACAGGUGGGACUGCCUGCUGAUGGCGGCGGGAAGCGUCGGGGCGGUUGUCCACGGCUCCGCCAUGCCCGUCUUCUUCCUCCUCUUCGGCGACCUCGUCAACGGCUUUGGCAAGAACCAGCACCACCUCAUGGUCAUGACCCAUGAGGUUUCCAAGUACGCUCUCUACUUCGUCUACCUCGGGUUGGUAGUUUGCCUGUCCUCUUACGCAGAGAUCGCGUGCUGGAUGUACACCGGCGAGCGGCAGGCGAGCGCUCUCCGGCGGAAGUACCUAGAAGCGGUGCUGCGGCAGGACGUCGGCUUCUUCGACACCGACGCGAGGACCGGCGACAUCGUCUUCAGCGUCUCCACUGACACCCUCCUCGUCCAAGACGCCAUCAGCGAGAAGGUCGGUAACUUCAUUCACUACCUGUCGACGUUCUUGGCCGGGCUGGUGGUUGGGUUCGUCUCGGCGUGGAGGCUAGCCCUCCUCAGCGUGGCCGUCAUUCCCGGGAUCGCCUUCGCCGGAGGCCUCUACGCCUACACUCUCACCGGCCUCACCUCCAAGAGCCGCGAGUCGUAUGCCAACGCCGGCAUCGUGGCCGAACAGGCAAUUGCACAAGUUCGGACGGUAUAUUCUUUUGUUGGAGAGAGUAAGGCGCUCAAUUCCUAUUCUGAAGCAAUUCAAAACACACUGAAACUUGGAUAUAAGGCAGGAAUGGCAAAAGGUCUCGGUAUUGGCUGCACAUAUGGCAUUGCUUGCAUGUCAUGGGCUUUGGUAUUUUGGUAUGCUGGUGUUUUCAUAAGGAACGGACAAACUGAUGGUGGGAAGGCUUUCACAGCCAUAUUUUCUGCUAUUGUUGGUGGCAUGAGCUUAGGUCAGUCAUUCUCAAAUCUUGGGGCCUUUAGCAAAGGCAAGGCUGCUGGAUACAAGCUAUUGGAGAUUAUCCGGCAAAAACCCUCUAUAGUUCAGGACCAAUCUGAUGGGAAGUGUUUGGCAGAGGUCCAUGGAAACAUAGAAUUUAAGGAUGUAACGUUCAGCUACCCGUCACGACCCGACGUCAUUAUCUUCCGAGAUUUCUCUCUUUUCAUUCCAGCAGGGAAGACAGUUGCUGUUGUGGGAGGUAGUGGAUCCGGAAAGAGUACUGUUGUGGCUUUAAUAGAAAGGUUUUAUGAUCCUAACCAAGGGUUGAUUCUGCUUGAUAAUGUGGACAUAAAGACAUUGCAAUUAAAAUGGCUAAGAGAACAAAUUGGUUUGGUGAAUCAAGAACCAGCACUUUUUGCUACUACCAUACUUGAGAACAUACUCUACGGAAAACCCGAUGCUACAAUUGCUGAAGUUGAAGCUGCUGCCUCUGCUGCUAAUGCUCAUAGUUUCAUAUCACAGCUUCCAAAUGCUUACAACACCCAGGUAGGAGAACGGGGUGUACAGCUAUCUGGUGGACAGAAACAACGUAUUGCCAUUGCCCGAGCCAUGCUAAAGAAUCCCAAGAUCCUUCUCCUUGAUGAAGCUACCAGUGCACUGGAUGCAGGAUCAGAGAGCAUCGUUCAAGAAGCCCUAGAUCGUCUCAUGGUUGGACGAACCACUGUUGUUGUUGCACACCGACUGUCGACCAUCAGAAAUGUCGACAUGAUUGCUGUGAUCCAGCAGGGGCAAGUUGUCGAGACUGGAACCCACGAGGAACUUCUGGCAAAAGGGAGCUCUGGAGCCUAUGCCUCACUGAUACGUUUCCAGGAGAUGGCAAGGAACAGAGAUUUCGGUGGUCCAUCCACGCGCAGAUCCCGGUCUUCCCGCCUGAGCCAUUCACUUUCCACCAAAUCCUUGAGUCUUCGAUCAGGUAGUUUAAGGAACCUGAGCUAUCAGUACAGCACCGGAGCAGAUGGUCGUAUCGAGAUGGUGUCCAAUGCCGACAAUGUCCUCAAGUAUCCUGCGCCUCGUGGAUACUUCUUCAAGCUUUUGAAGCUAAAUGCACCUGAAUGGCCUUACACCAUCAUGGGUGCCAUAGGAUCGGUCUUAUCUGGGUUCAUAGGUCCAACAUUUGCAAUCGUCAUGAGCAACAUGAUCGAGGUUUUCUACUACAGGGACCCAAAUGCCAUGGAGAGGAAGACAAGGGAAUAUGUCUUCGUAUACAUCGGCACAGGGCUGUACGCAGUUGUUGCUUAUUUGGUUCAGCAUUACUUCUUCAGCAUCAUGGGGGAGAAUCUCACCACCAGGGUGAGAAGGAUGAUGCUUUCUGCCAUCUUAAGGAAUGAAGUGGGAUGGUUCGAUGAGGAGGAGAACAAUUCAAGCCUGGUGGCUGCCCGUUUAGCCAAUGAUGCAGCUGACGUGAAGUCUGCGAUUGCCGAGAGGAUCUCUGUCAUCCUGCAGAACAUGACCUCGCUUCUGACCUCCUUCAUUGUUGGCUUCAUCGUCGAAUGGCGUGUUGCUCUUCUCAUUCUGGCCACCUUCCCUCUUCUGGUCCUCGCCAACUUUGCCCAGCAACUGUCCCUCAAGGGCUUCGCUGGGGACACCGCGAAGGCCCAUGCCAAGACCAGCAUGAUCGCGGGGGAGGGGGUGAGCAACAUCCGCACCGUGGCGGCCUUCAACGCGCAGAGCAAGAUCCUGUCGCUGUUUUGCAGCGAGCUGCGCGUUCCCCAGCGGCGCAGCCUCCGGCGGAGCCAGACGUCGGGCAUCCUCUACGGCCUCUCCCAGCUGUCCCUCUACGCCUCCGAGGCUCUCAUCCUCUGGUACGGUGCCCACCUCGUCCGCACCGGUGCCUCCACCUUCUCCAAGGUCAUCAAGGUGUUCGUCGUCCUCGUCGUCACCGCCAAUUCCGUCGCCGAGACGGUCAGCCUCGCCCCUGAAAUUGUCCGCGGCGGGGAGUCCAUCCGCUCCGUCUUCGCCAUCCUCAACCGGGGCACGCGGAUCGAUCCUGAUGACCCAGAGGCUGAGCCCGUCGACUCCGUUCGCGGCGAGAUCGAGCUGAGGCACGUAGAAUUCGCCUACCCGUCUCGGCCGGACGUCACCAUCUUCAAGGACUUCAAUCUGAGGAUCCGUGCAGGCCAAAGCCAGGCUCUCGUCGGAGCCAGUGGGUCGGGGAAGAGCACCGUCAUCGCUCUGAUCGAGCGGUUCUACGAUCCCACGGCGGGGAAGGUCUUGAUCGACGGCAAGGACAUCAAGCGGCUGAACCUGAAGUCGCUGCGGCUUAAGAUUGGUCUCGUGCAGCAGGAGCCGGUGCUGUUCGCCGCGAGCAUCAUGGAGAACAUCGCCUACGGGAAGGACGGCGCGACGGAGGAGGAGGUGAUCGAGGCGGCACGAGCCGCCAACGUGCACGGCUUCGUGAGCGCGCUGCCGGACGGGUACAAGACGACGGUGGGCGAGAGGGGGGUGCAGCUGUCGGGCGGGCAGAAGCAGCGGAUCGCCAUCGCCCGGGCGGUGCUCAAGGACCCGGCGCUGCUGCUGCUGGACGAGGCGACCAGCGCGCUGGACGCGGAGUCCGAGUGCGUACUGCAGGAGGCAUUGGAGCGGCUGAUGAAGGGCCGCACCACCGUCCUGGUGGCGCACCGCCUCUCUACCAUCCGAGGGGUGGACUGCAUCGGGGUGGUGCAGGACGGCCGCGUGGCGGAACAAGGGAGCCACUCCGACCUCGUCGCCCGGCCCGACGGCGCCUACUCGCGGCUGUUGCAGCUGCAACACUACCACGUUUGACGGCCGCCAUGGUUUUGAGCUCAGGAAACGGUGGAUGCAUGCAGUAUCUAAAUGGACGUUGGCAACGUUCCAUCUCCACGAGGAGAGGGGAAAUGCGUUGGGUAUGUCGUUAUGGUAAUAUGUGUACGGACCAAAAGUAAUCUUUUUGAGGUUGGAAUUGUAGUGUAGGGAUGAUGAUAUCAGUACCUUUAAGCAUCAUCAUCAAGUGAUUCGAUCAGAUCUUUAACAGGGACUUUUCAACCUUCAAACUA